UUAUGGGACGGAAAGGCUUGCCUGGUCCACCUGGACUCCCUGGCAACAGCAUACAAGGAAGCAAGGGAGAAAAAGGAAAUCAAGGUCUUCAAGGACCAAAGGGAUCAAUAGGAAUUGGCCUUCCUGGACCAAAGGGAGACUAUAGAGAUAAAGGUGAUCCAGGGAGCAAAGGAGCCAAAGGAGAAAUUGGAGACUCAGGACCUCCAGGACCAAAGGGAACUUGGGGAAGAAAAGGUGAACCUGGUCUUAUGGUAAGUAUGUAAAUUACUUUAACAAUUAAUUAAUUUGAAUCAAUAGGAGUUUAUUUGGGGAAAAAUGUUUAAAGGUUAUGUGGUCUUACACAAAGUUGUU